AUGGGAUCAAUUUUAGACUUGGAGCAAGCUCUCACUGCUCACUUGGUGGCCAUACCGUUUCCUGCCAGAGGCCACAUCAACCCUAUGAUAAACUUUUGUAAGCUACUGGCAACCAAGCAACCCGAUAUACUCAUAACCUUCAUUGUUACUGAGGAAUGGCUUGGUUUCUUAAGCUCUGGUACCAAGCCACCUGAUAAUAUGCAGUUCCAAACUAUCCCCAAUGUCAUUCCUUCUGAGCUGGUUCGUGCCACUGAUUAUUCGGGCUUCCUAAAAGCUACGUUUACAGAAAUGAAAACUGCUGUUGAGCAGGUGAUAGAGGGGCUUCAGCCUAAGCCAGUGGUGAUAUUAUACGAUGCAAUUUUAAACUGGGCCUUGAGUAUACAGGGGAAUAUACCUACAGCCGCGUUUUGGGCAAUGUCAGCCACGGUGUUCUCCAUGUACUUGCAUUAUAAUCUUCUCUGUCAGAACGGUCAUUUGCCUGUACUCAAUUUAUCAGAACAAGGAGAUAAUCUGAUAGACUACAUACCUGGGGUACCAUCAACACGAAUACUCGAUCUUCCCACCUCAUUCUAUGUAAAAGAUCAUGAAGAAGUCCUGUACAAAUGUGUUGAAGCUGCUACAUGUGCACAAAAAUCAAACUAUCUUGUGUUUGCUUUAAUCUCCGAACUUGAACAACAAGUCAUCGAUUCUCUCAGAAGCAAGCUGUCGGUGCCAAUCUACACCAUUGGUCCUGCCAUACCUUAUUUCCAGAUCAAACACAAUUUUCACAAUGACCAAGGCGCCCCUGGUUAUAUCAAAUGGCUAGACAAUCAAGCAGAAAAAUCUGUUCUGUACAUUUCUCAGGGAAGCUUCCUUUCCGUCUAUGAUGAUCAGCUGAAAGAAAUCAUUGCUGGAAUUCAUGAGGCCGGUGUGCAUUACUUAUGGGUUACACGCGUGGAAGCCUCUAAAAUUAAUAGCGGUAAUUCUGACAGGGGAAUGGUUGUGCCAUGGUGUGACCAGCUGAGGGUCUUGUGCCACCCUUCCGUGGGGGGCUUUUGGACUCAUGGUGGAUGGAAUUCGACGAAAGAAGGAGUCUUUGCUGGUGUGCCAAUGAUAACAUCACCACUGAGAUGGGAUCAAGUCCCGAAUAGUAAGAUGAUUGUGGACGGUUGGGGGAUUGGUUGGAGAGUAAAGAAUGAUACCGGACUUGAAACAGUGAUAACAAGCAAUGAAAUUGCAGAGGUUUUAAAGAGGUUUAUGGACUUGGAAAGUGCUGAAGGAAAAGAAUUGAGGACAAGAGUGAAAGCACUCAAGGAGAUCUCGCAAGAAGCAGUUGCAGAAGGUGGAUCAGCUGAUAGUGCAAUUUACGCUUUCUUAAGGGACAUAACGAAAUCUCAGAGCCAUUAG